CUUGCCUUCUCUGCGUUCCCAUAAUUUGAGGGCCUUGGAAGUUCUCAAUUCAAUAAUAUGGAAGAAUAUCAUGUUCCCCAGCCCCAGGUGAGAAACCCACGAAGAAGAAGCUCCACCAGAUACCUCGGCGUUCGCCGGCGGCCGUGGGGCCGGUACGCCGCCGAGAUCAGGAAUCCCUACACCAAGGAGAGACACUGGCUGGGCACUUUCGACACUGCCGAGGAAGCCGCAUUGGCUUAUGAUCUCUCCUCCAUCUCUUUCAGCGGUCUUGACAGAGCCAAGACCAACUUCCAUUACCCAUUAAUGCUGCAGCCCAGAGAAAGUGAUGAGACAAACUGCUACUGCGCCGAUGUGAGCAAUAGUUCCAGCGGCAGUGGUGAUCAUGAAGAUGAUGAAUCUGUCCUCAUUGCCUCCAUUUUACAGAGCUUCUCCCAGCCCAGCAAUAACUUGCCUUCUUGUCCUUGAGUUACUGAAAGCAAGCUUCUACAACGCACGUAUUUGGUGCAGUUGAGCAACGCUGCAUGUGCUGCUCGCCCUUUUGAUUUCGACUGCCAUGUAUUCUGAACAAUUAUGAGCCAUGGUGAUGGUAAAGAUGAUGAAUACCCCGU